AUGGUCUUCAACCCAUCAGGAGUACCUUCACGAAUCAAUGUAGAACAGACAUUUGAAUGCUCACUCAGGUUAGCGGGAGGUUUGCUAGAUAAACAUAAUCGAAUAGCACCCUUUGAUGAGAGAUAUGAACAAGAGGCCUCGAGAAAACUUGUAUUUUCUGAAUUAUAUGAAGCCAGUAAGCAAACAACAAAUCCGUGGGUAUUUGAACCCGAAUAUCCAGGAAAAAGUAAAAUAUUUGAUGGAAGAACGGAGGAUCCCUUUGAGCAGCCUGUUAAAAUAGGAAAAGCUUAUAUCUUGAAAUUAAUUCAUCAAGUUGAUGAUAAAAUACAUGGACGUUCAGGUGGACAUUAUGCACUUGUUACCCAAAAACCCCUUAGAGGAAGGGCCAAGCAAGGGGGACAAUGA